UGUGACAUAAUUUGGGGAGUGUGAGGGCUGGUUAACAGCGGUGUGAAAUACCUACUCCACAUGACCCACGCAUUUCAGAAGUUGGUGUUGUUGUAGCCUAGUAGCAAUUGCAUUGAAUUCUGUCAGUGCUUUAUACUUUAUUAACUGAAAGGCUAUUAUUUCAUUGAUGACUUUUUCAAUAACCACAACAAACUGCCCCACCGACUUCUGCUGUGCUGCAGCAUUUUUUUCCUUGGAAAAAAAGAUGACAUCAUCCUAAUUUCCCUUAAAGAAAUAGGUAGCUGAGAUACAAACAUGAAACAAAUGCUAUGGCGGCUUCAGGAAUGGGUAGCAAAUGACAAAGCAAAAUUGAGAUACAGUUUAAUGUUUGCUUCGGAGCCUGCUGUAAUUCAUCGGUUUAACUAUUGACAAUAAAAAAGGUAUCUCAUAGGCCAGAAAAGGAAUACAGUAAAACUAUCCAAUCAGUUUGUACGAUGCAUCCAGGUGGUUUGCCCUCCUGCUUGUCUUUUCGGUAGAGCAUAGAGUUUCUAGAGUGUAGCCUAUAAUUUGUUUGGAUUUUUUGGCCCGGUUUACACUACGCAGCCAUUAAGGACCAAACAGAACGACGGUUGGAAAUGGGGAUUAAAAUUAUUUAAAGCCCCAGCUAUAAAACAUAGGGACUGGCGGAGUGUUGUCUUGCCUUUGAACUGGUCUCGAAGCUCCGAACGAACGGAGCACGGGAGGGUAAAUAUGCGGCUUUUGACCAAAAGGCUUUAAAGCCUGAUUUUGAGACAGACUGACUGAUUUGCGUUGGUACAGCAAAACCAGAGCGAUAGAACAGGGAACAGGCAAGGUUUGUUGUGGUUGCGCCUGGAUUGGAAGGAGUGUAAACACAGGAAAAGCAUCCUGCUUGCCUGUGUGAUCUCCUCGAGUGGUGCUGCCGAGCUGAACUCCUCUCAACGGCGGCCUCUCCCAGUGGUGGAGCAACGAUGACCGAGCCGGGUGCCAAAUGGGCCUGUGAAUACUGCACGUUUGAGAACUGGCCCAUGGCCAUCAAGUGCACCAUGUGCCGUGCCCAAAGGCCCAGUGGGGGAACCAUCAUCACAGAGGAGCCUUUCCGUAGCCCCAGCCUGGACGCCGGCCACAGGUGGGAACCCCCAAGCCUGGGUCUGAGCAACAGCCCUCCCCCGGGAGGCUCCAGCCUCCUAAUCUGCCCCGACUCCAGUGCUCGUCCGCGUGUCCGUGUAGUGGACACCGCGGAGACCCCCUCCAGCAAGUGGUCCUGCCAUAUGUGCACCUAUCUAAACUGGCCCCGUGCCAUCCGCUGUACCCAGUGUCUGUGCCAGCGGCAGCAGGGGCAUCAGAGACAUCAGCAGGAGCCGCAGUCACGCAGCCCCACCGAGUCGCCCCAAACCUCAAGCUCAGGAUGCAGACCUGCAACCCCCUCCACCCCUACGGACCCCUGUGAGGAGUACAAUGACCGCAACCGCCUCAACACCCACACCCAGCACUGGACUUGCGCUGCCUGUACUUACGCAAACUGGCCCAAGGCAUGCAAAUGUGUGGUGUGUGACCACCCCAGGCCCAAUAGCCUAGCAGAACCCAUUGAACUGGCCUCGGAACCCGAGAGUCUCCCCUCCUCCAUUCUCAACGAGCAGGACUGGGACAGGAGAGGGGGCGUGAGUGUGGGAGGUGUGGUAGGGGGAAGCAGCGUUAGCUUGAGGUCCCCGCCUGCCUCCAAGCAGGAAGCUGAGGUUAAAAUGGACUUCCAGAGGAUUGAGCUGGCUUCAGGAGCUGGAGUAGGGAGCAAAGAGGAGCAGGAUGUUGACUUUAAAAGGCUUAAACAGAUAAAGAACAGAAUGAGGAGGACUGAUUGGUUGUUUCUCAAUGCUUGUGCAGGUGUGGUCGAGGGGGACCUGGCUGCGGUAGAGGCCUAUAAGGCUUCAGGGGGAGACAUUGCCAGGCAGCUUACGUCUGACGAGGUGCGUCUCCUCAACCGGUCCUCGGCCUUCGACAAUGGCUUCACUCUGGUCCACCUGGCCAUCCGCUUCCAGAGGCAGGAUAUGUUGGCUGUGCUGCUCACUGAGGUUUCCCAACAGGCAGCAAAGUGUAUCCCAGCCAUGGUGUGUCCUGAGCUGACUGAGCAGAUCCGCCGUGAGGUGGCUGCCUCUCUGCACCAGCGCAAGGGUGACUUCACCUGCUACUUCCUCACUGACCUGGUCACCUUCACUCUGCCAGCAGAUAUCGAGGACCUGCCCCCAACAGUUCAGGAGAAACUGUUUGAUGAGGUGCUAGACAGAAAUGUACAGAAAGAGCUGGAGGAGGAGUCUCCCAUCAUCAACUGGUCUAUAGAGCUGGGUACGGGGUUGGACAGCCGGCUGUAUGCCCUGUGGAACCGCACGGCUGGGGACUGCCUCUUGGACUCUGUACUGCAGGCCACCUGGGGCAUCUACGAUAAGGACUCUGUCCUUCGCAAGACCCUUCAUGACAGCUUGCACGACUGCUCCCACUGGUUCUACACACGCUGGAAGGAGUGGGAGUCAUGGUAUUCCCAGAGCUUUGGCUUACAUUUCUCACUCAGAGAGGAACAGUGGCAGGAAGACUGGGCUUUUAUCCUCUCGCUAGCCAGCCAGCCUGGAGCCAGCCUGGAGCAGACCCACAUUUUUGUUCUUGCACAUAUUCUUCGUAGACCAAUCAUAGUCUAUGGAGUGAAGUAUUACAAAAGUUUCCGUGGCGAAACACUUGGGUACACACGCUUUCAAGGUGUGUACUUGCCCCUUUUGUGGGAGCAGAGUUUCUGUUGGAAGAGUCCCAUUGCCCUGGGCUACACGCGUGGCCACUUCUCUGCACUGGUGGCCAUGGAGAACGAUGGCUAUGACAGUCGAGGCGCAGGCGCCAACCUCAACACAGACGAUGACGUCACAGUCACCUUCCUACCGCUAGUGGACAGUGAGAGAAAGCUGCUCCACAUCCACUUCCUCUCCGCUCAGGAGAUGGGAAAUGAGGAGCAGCAGGAGAAACUGCUGAGGGAGUGGUUGGACUGCUGUGUGACAGAGGGUGGAGUGCUGGUGGCCAUGCAGAAGAGCUCCCGCCGCGGGAACCACCCCCUGGUCACACAGAUGGUGGAGAAAUGGUUGGACGGCUACCGGCAGAUCCGCCCCUGCACCUCGCUCUCUGAUGGUGAGGAAGACGACGACGACGACGAUGAUGAGUGAUGAAACGGGAGUAGGUGUGUGCGUGUGAACAGGGGUCAGCCCUGUUUUCCUGACAUGGACAAAAAUGUACCCUCAUGAAAGGGGAGGGAAUCACAUGCCUCGCCACACCAUGGCUGUGGAUGGUCGUGCACGCGCACACUUAUAAAGACCUGGAUGAACCUGAGACUGACAGGGAAAAAACUCCUGUUGCAAAAAUACCCUUUGGAUGAUGGGAAAUAAAGGAUUGUAGUUCAUAAAUGCUAUUGCUCUUUAGUCCUUUUGUUUUUCAAAUGUUAAAUCUUUAUCCCAAAGUGUAAAUGCAUGUGGUUGUUUAAGUAUAAGGAAAUAUACCAGCAUAGACUUCAAUCAACACAUCCUUAUAUUGGGUUGUUACGGGCACUGACACAAGCACACUUCUGAAAUUACUGUGCUUUUGUUUUUCCAAGUUGACACAGUUGGCUUAUUUUUUUAAUGGGCAGGGACUAAGCCAACAUCUUGGUCAGGGGACCUAACAGAAAACCUUUAUGACUGUGUAACAUAAACAUCAUUCUUAAUAUUAAGCAUUGCACAUUUAUUGAAAGACACGUUGAUAUUUGAAAAUAACAGCUUGAGUAAAGGUUAUCUAAAUGUUUCCUUUUCACUUCAAAGAUAGUAUCACAAAGAUUAAGGAAACAUACACAUUUUAUAUUUAGUUUUAGGAUAAGUAAAAAAAUAUAUAUAUUUCAUCUCUUAACUAAUUCUACAUAUUUAUUUGUUUGGGUGCUUUUGAACAGAUUUUUAAUUCUGUUUUUCCGUUUGUGGUUUUGCCAUUUAUUACUUCAGUCUUGUUGUAGUCAUUUGUUACACAGAAACAUUUAUGCUGUGAGAACAUAACCAUAGGAUUACUUCAGUUUUUGUCUCUUGAAUAUGUUGGUGCUUUUAUUUUGAAGAAAACCUUUUAAUUUCAGAAUGUUAAUCUGAAUCACACUAGUUUUGUCAGAUUUCCAUAUUCUCUGGCUUACUAUUCAUUCAAAUCAAGUUUAACCCAGGUUAUGUGUGUGUGUGUCUUUUCCUCAGUGUUUUUUGUCUAGAUGUGAACUCAUCUUGAAUUGAGUUUAAGAUUUGUGAGUGCACAUAAACCAAAGUAAAAAAAAAAAAAGAGAUUAAUGAGUGGUCAUACUUUUGCUGUGAAAUGUUUGUUGGGUUUUCUUGCUAAUUAAUAACUGGUCAUUACUGUAACAUUUAUAGUAUAUAACUAUAUUUAUAUACACUUAGCAUCCCCUAUGUUGCUUUAUUUAUGCAAUAGUUGUAGAUCUAGGAUGGUUUGUGGACUUUGGUAUAAGCCUGACCUCGCUAUAGUGUUUGUCACUGUGUGGCACAGACCGGAAAAUAAUAAAAAACCUUUUUGAAUGUC